UCAUGUGUUGAUGUUCGUUUAAGUGUAGGGGUCGAGGAAUGGUACACAUCGGUUCAUUUAGCGUGGGAAACUUGCGGGAUUAUUUCCGCUGCAGCUCUUGGCCUUGAGCCAGGCUCAAACCUCCACAUUUUGAACUGGAGCCAUUGGAACCUGCUCCGAGCAAUUGGAAUGCUUCGUCCGCGUGAUAUGUACCGUGAAAAAUGCGCUUUUUGGGACUCAAAAUAUUUGAUGGUCAUUAUCAGUGGGCCAUGUGAGCGUGCGUUAAGGCAGACCAUUUAUACUUAAGCUUUAAGAAAGUGAACAUUGACAUAUGCUAAUGCAGGCUGUGCUCAUAUUAAUGCUGGACUUUUAAACCUUGAAGCCCUUGAACUAUGCAAGAUUCAAGACCCAACAUAAAUUGGUGCUUUCUUCUCUAAAUGACUGCAGGUGGCUGCUUCUGUUGAAAGGCAAAAAUCAGUGAAACUUGUUCAUCAGCUUCAAAACAUACCGGCUAUGGCCGUGUACAUGGACUACAAUGCCACGACACCGCUGGCACCAGAAGUGAUCAGUGACAUCACACAGUCACUGUCAGAGCACUGGGCCAACCCGAGCUCUCCGCACGACGCCGGCGUGCGGGCUCGACAGGUGGUGGAGGAGGCCCGCCAACAGGUGGCCACCGCCAUCGGGGACAAGGCGGGCGACGUCGUCUUCACCUCUGGUGGCACAGAGGCCAACAACAUGGUGAUCCUGGGCUCGCUGGAGUUCUACGUCAGCACGGGCCGGAGCGGCACGCCUCACGUCGUCACGUCCGACACCGAGCACGACGCCGUCACGGAGCCCAUCCGCAGCCUGGAGACGCGCCGACUGUGCACAGUGACCUGGCUGAGCUGCGCCGACGGCGGCCGCGUGGAUCCAGCGGCGGUGGUUGAUGCCGUGACGCCCGACACCUGCCUCGUCUCCGUCAUGAUGGCCAACAACGAGACGGGCGUGCUGAACGACGUGGAGGAGAUUGGACGCCGCCUGGCGCGUCUUCCCAACCGAAGUCACAUCUGGUUUCACACCGACUCCGCCCAGACGAUCGGCAAGGUGGACGUUGAUGUAGCACGCAUCGGGGCAGACUUCGUCACCAUCGUUGGUCACAAGCUGUACGGGCCGCGUGUGGGCGCCCUCUGGACGUCACCGCUGGGCCAGACAGCACGGCCGGCGAGCGCCGGCGGCGGCGGUGCGUGCGUGGCUCUGCUGCGCGGCGGUGGCCAGGAGCGCCGCCUGCGGCCCGGCACCGAGAACACGCCGCUGGCGCGCGGCCUGGGCACCGCCUGCCGCCUGGCGGCGCAGCGCCUGCAGCGCGACCAGGCGCACAUGCGCCAGCUGCGGGACCUUCUGGAGCAGCGACUGCUGGAGACGGGCGUGGCCGAGCGGAUCAACCUGCGGGGCUCGCCGCGGCUGCCCAACACCAGCAGUGUGGUGCUGGCCGGCGAGGAGUCGGGCCGCGCCGUGCUGGUGUGCUCCUGCGCAGCGGCGUGA